AUGCAUCGAUCACACCUGCCCUGGAGGUUGAGUGUGGCCGCGGCAUUUGUCGUGACAUUCCUCGUAGCUGGUGGUGCUGCAGCAGGCCAUUCGGUCAACGUUGCCCUACAGACAUCAUGGAAUUCGGCACCGUUUCUGGUAGAGUUACUAGAGACGGCCGCCGCCGAAAAUCCAUCGUCCUACUUCCCUCUGCUGGACAGAAUCGCACAAGGCACAUUUGCGGACGUCUCAACGGAGAGGGAGUUGUAUAACAAGUUUGUGUCUGUACUCGAUCAAGAUGGGCUGCUACCAGACGCGGAGGCUCUGUCCUCCUUUAAGUUCGCCCUCUCCCUCCACGAGGCGGCGCCCAGGAUACAGGCACACCUACAACACUACAACACUUCGGUCCAGCCCAACAUGAUGGCUGCUCAAGACGCAGUAUGCCCGGUCUGGGUGCACUUUGAUGGACAACAAUACUGCUCUCCAACACUAGACAGAGCACAGCAGCCGGUGGAUCUGGCUUAUGGGGACGAUACUCUGCCCUUCGACAGAGUCCUCGGACCUGCUGAUGCCCCUUCUUCCAUAAUCUACGCCGAUAUCACCCACCCGCUGUUUGCAGACUUCCACUCUGUUGUAUCACAAACUGCUCGGGAAGGCAAGACGUCCUACAGAGUCCGUUAUCGUGCUACCGAUCAGGCAACCUCUCCAGUGACACUAAGCGGAUAUGGCGCUGAGCUCAAUCUCAAGCGUACCGACUACAUCGUCAUCGAUGACCGCGAAGCAAGCACGAAAGGCAAUGGAGAUGCCGCGGACGUCAAGGAGCCUGAACUGGACGAUGAACUGGAGAUCAAAUCCCUGACCACGACCGAGCUAUGGAAUCUUGGUCUCAACGCCGCCAGCUGGAUAGCCAAGCACGCUGACCCCAUGCAGGCUCUACUUCAGGUAUCUACGGACUUUCCUCGCUACUCGUCAUUCCUGGCGGCACAAAAUGCAAGCGAUGAUUUCGUCUCAGAGCACCGACACAAUCGUGAAUUAUUGCUUCCAGCAGGCUACAAUGCACUCUGGAUCAAUGGUCUGCAGAUCGACCCUCGCGAGAUCAAUGCAUAUUCCUUGCUUGAUCAUCUGCGGCGCGAGAGAAAGCUCAUUGCUCGGGUAAAGGACAUCGGUUUGACGGCCACGGAAGCUGUGAGUAUUCUGGCUAACGAUGCCAUCGCCAAUUCUGCACGCAAUGCCGUGGAUCAGCGCUUCAACUGGCGGGACUCAGAUGAAGGUGGCGAGGUCAUCAUCUUUCUAAACGAUCUAGAAAAGGAUUCUCGAUACGCCGCGUGGCCUACGAGUCUAAUGACCUUAUUCCAGCCUCAAUAUCAGAGGGGCUUACCAAAUGUUGCACGCGAUAUUCACAACCUGGUUGUGCCUAUCGAAGUCGAAAAGCUGUCCGAGAUCGAGCUGGUUGUCACGACUCUGCAAAUGCUUGUCAAGAGGAAGCUGCCUUUGCGAGUCGGCCUUGUCCCUGUGGGCAAGAGUCCUAUUUCUGAUACUUACAGCCGGCUGAUGUACCAUCUGCUUGACACCUAUGGCUUGUCAACACUGCUCAACUUCUACGGGGCCAUUGUGAAAUCUGGCAAGGUCAUCCCUUCGCCUGACAAGCAAUUCGCUUCAGCAAUCAAAGAUCGAAAGUUGAGGGCAGGAAAGACUGCUGCAACGUACGCCGAGGUCACGGCUGAUGACGAGCUCACACAGCGUCUGACAAGCCGAGACGCUUACGCUGAUCGCCUAGAAUUGAAUGGCCCGAUGCCUCCAUUCAUGUUGAACGGCGCCGUGUCGCCCCGAACAGAAAGUUGGUUCGAAACAAUUAACAGCCAGAUCUACAUGGACACCCAGAUGGUCAUGCAGUCGCUUUAUGUAGGCACUCUUACGGAUGAGUCUGUCGUCCGAGACUUCUUUUUGACCGAUGCAGCCGCCAAGCGGAAUGGCUUAGUGAUACCUCACGACGAGAAAGACAUCCGCGUUGUCGACGUUGCUGCAAUGACGACCGAACAUGCCGCGGUCUUUGACAGUCUGCCCCGUCUGCCUGGCGCGGAGUCGGCUCUGAUAACGGAUCGCGCUCAUUUGAUGGUGGUCGCAGAUCUGGAUUCGAAUCAAGGAAAAAGCCUCCUCGGCGCGGCGAUGGACCUGCAGGAACAAGUGCCCGAGGUCGAUGUAUUGAUGGUGCAGAACCCUGGCAGCGAGUCUACAGCAACAGUGUCCUCGCUUCUGUACCGCUGGCAAAGCCAGACGGGCCCAGCGCUGGAUGCCGAAAAGAAGACCAAGUUGCGAGCGUUCUUAGCAGCGACGGGCGUGACAGGGUCGUCAGCUGAAGACCUCCGACGCGACUCGAGCAUAUACUGGUCCACUGCUGAGCCCUUGAUAGCAGAUCUUGGACUGAAACCUGGAGACAGUGCACUUCUCCUCGACUACGAGCGCACCUCCAGAAUAGCGCCAGCAACCGCUGCCAUCACUGCACUCAAACUCGAGGAAAAGUUUCAAAACGCUUUGGACAUCGCGAAGAUCACAGCGACUGUUGCCAGGUCCCAGAAAUCAGAGCUGCCGGAGGGCAUGCGAGGGACCGCUCCCAUGCUGCGGCUUGACCGAUACAACCUUUGGGAUGACACUCACACAGUGGUUCGAGCAGGAACGUCCAAGGAUCCGACGAUCCAGGUGGUUGCAGUGCUUGACCCUGUGGCUGAAGCGUCCCAACCGUGGAUUUCGAUCGUCAAGACUCUGUCCGAAUUGGAAGGAGUUAGCGUCAAGAUCUUCUUGAAUCCCAAGGAGCAAUUGUCAGAGCUGCCCUCUAAACGCUUCUAUCGACAAGUCGUACAAUCAGCUCCAACUUUCGACGAUGCAGGCUCGCUUGCUGCACCCGAAGCAAACUUCAACAAACUUCCCGAGGAUGUCCUGUUCAACCUUGGACUGACUGUACCACCUUCCUGGCUUGUGUCGCCCAAGCAGUCUGUGGCUGAUUUGGACAACAUCAAAUUUGGCGUAUCGGACAGCGAUGUUGGUGCGGUGUACGAACUGGAGCAUAUCUUGAUCGAAGGCCAUGCCAGAGAUUCAAAUGUCAGCAGUCCGCCACGUGGCGUCCAGCUGCUGCUGGGGACGGAACAAGAUGCUCACUUCACCGAUACAAUUAUCAUGGCGAAUUUGGGCUACUUCCAAUUCAAGGCCAAUCCUGGUCACUGGUCCAUUUCCUUGAUGCCAGGCCGCUCCUCAAAGAUCUAUAACCUAGACAGUGCCGGCGCUGAAGGGUAUCUCCCAGUCCCUGGAGACGACAACAGCGCCGUGACGUUGAUGAGCUUCCAGGGCGUGACUCUGUACCCACGACUAUCUCGAAGAGAAGGGCAAGAGACCGCCGACGUCCUCGAAACCUCCACACUCGGAUCAGCAACAGAUUAUCUCAGCAAAGGCGCAUCUUGGGCCUCUUCAGCUCUAUCCUCCCUCGGCCUAAAACCCUCCGGUGGCCAAGCUGAAAUCAACAUCUUCUCCGUCGCGUCCGGCCAUCUCUACGAACGCAUGCUCAACAUUAUGAUGGUCUCGGUAAUGAAACACACUAAACACACCGUAAAAUUCUGGUUCAUCGAGCAAUUCCUCUCCCCCUCUUUCAAAGCAACCCUCCCCGCCCUAGCCGCUCACUACAACUUCGACUACGAAAUGGUGACCUACAAAUGGCCACACUGGCUACGCGGCCAGAAAGAAAAGCAGCGCGAGAUCUGGGGCUACAAGAUCUUGUUCCUUGACGUCCUCUUCCCGCUCCAACUCUCCAAAGUCAUCUUCGUGGACGCCGACCAGAUCGUGCGCACGGACAUGAUGGAGCUCAACAAGGUCGACUUGCAAGGUGCACCCUAUGGGUUCACGCCCAUGUGCGAUUCCCGAACGGAGAUGGAGGGAUUCCGGUUCUGGAAGAAGGGCUAUUGGGAAUCCUACCUCGCAGGAAAACCAUACCACAUCUCCGCCCUGUACGUCGUAGACCUCAAGAAAUUCCGCGAACUAGCAGCAGGCGAUCGACUCCGCCAGCAAUACCACUCCCUAUCCGCCGAUCCGGAGAGUCUGAGCAACCUGGACCAGGACCUGCCGAACCACAUGCAGCAUAACCUCCCGAUCUUCAGCUUGCCGCAGGAAUGGCUGUGGUGCGAGACAUGGUGUAGUGAUGAAAGUCUUGGUCAGGCGAAGACGAUUGAUUUGUGCAAUAAUCCUCUGACGAAGGAGCCGAAGUUGGACAGGGCGAGGAGGCAGGUUCCGGAGUGGAAUGAGUAUGAUGAGGAGAUUCGGGGCGUUAUUGCGAAAGCACGCGGUGAUCUACCAGAUUCGGCGCCCAGCGAUAAAGCUGAGGCUGCGAAAGAGCGGUUGGAGGACUUCUUAGAGCAGGAGGAGGGACAGAAGUCGCUGAAGAAGGACGAGCUGUGA